AUGGGAAAUAUUUGCAAAAAGACUAGCUUUAUAGGAUAUAAUGACAAUUAUUAGAAAAUUACUAUUAAUGAUUUUGAGUGUUCGAAGAAAUAAGUAGGUAGAGAAUGGGUAGAAGAAAUUAUUGGUUAAGGUGGUUUUGGUGUGGUUAAAAGGGUUAGAAAGAAAGGAGAGUAGGGCCCUACAUACGCUAUGAAAAUGAUGGAAAAAUAUCAGGUUUCUAAAAAGAACAAUAUUUAGACUACACUUAAUGAAAUGUUUAUUCUGAGAGAUAUAUAGCACCCCUUUUUGAUCAACAUGAAAUGGGCGUUCCAUGAUGAAACAUACUUAUACUUAGUUAUGGAAGAAUUGAAAGGCUAUGAUCUUCAUUUUCAUUUAGUCAAUUUUAAACUCAAAGAUGAUCUAAUGCUUAAAUAGAAAUACUUUGAUUUAGAACAAAAGAAAGUUCAACUUGAGAGAAUAAAGAAAAAUACUCCUGAUACUAGCAAAGGAGCAGCUGAUAAUAAGAAAAUAGAAGUUGACCCAUCAUGUUUUACAGAAAAUUAAGCAAGAUUUAUAAUAGCCCAGCUGUGUUUGGCUUUAAAUUAUUUACACAACAAUAAAAUUAUUCACAAAGAUAUCAAACCUGCAAAUAUUAUCUUUGAAGACGAUGGUUACUUGAGAGUUACAGAUUUGGGUAUUUCGAAGAAAUUUAGACCAAACAACAACGUAGAUAUAUCAGGUACUCCUGGCUAUAUAGCACCAGAGGUUCUUUGCCGCUAAAAUCACAAUUAUGCAGUAGAUUAUUAUGCAGUGGGAGUAAUAUGUUAUGAAUUAAUGCUUACCAAGAAACCUUACGAAAAUGAUAAACCUGAAAAAGAUAACUACAAUAAGGAAUUACUUAAAAACAUCCUAUAAAGCUAAAUAGAAGUGGUUCCUUAUAAGCCUGGUUAAAAGCCUGGAUAAAUAGACACUACUAAUCCUAUUAAUGGAAUAACGAAAGUUGUUGCUCCCCAAGAUUGGAGUAAUGAAGGAAUAGAUUUUAUGAAUUAAUGCUUACAAAGAUAGCCAACAAAAAGAAUUGGCUAUGACAAUAUAGAAAAAGUUCUUGAACAUAAUUGGUUUAGAGAUAUUGACUUUGAUAGACUUGCUGCAAAAAAAUACAAAAAUAUACCUUUUAACUAAUCUCAUAUUUAGAGAUCUAUAAAGAGGUCUAAAUUAUUUAAGUUCUUGUAAGAACAGAUUUAAAAAUAUGAUGAAGAUAUAGAAAGGGAAAAUUAAAAGAAAAACGAUGUUGAUAGUCCGACUGAAACAAAUGGUUCUGAUUAUAGCUAAGAUAGAGAAGAAAAAGAAUCUAAAGCAUAGAAAUAAAUUUAACAAUUAAGGUUGUAAUAACUAUACAAAAAUUAAUAAUAAGAUAUUUAAAACUAACAGUAAGAGUAACAAAGAAAAUUGUUAGAACAGUAAAUGGAAGAGUAAGACAAAAUGAACUAAAAAAAACUUUAAAACAUUCAGCAUUUUUUUAAGUAAUACUACUUUGAUAGAGAAAGAUAUGAAAAAGAAGUCAAAUACUUAGAGCAAGAAAGAAGAAAGUUAGAAUAAGGCAAAAAAGUUAAGUCCAAUUAAAAUCUAUCAGAUUUUCAGUCUAAUUCUCCAAAAAGAUCUUAAGUGCUUUAUGGAAAAUAAAACAUAAACAACGAUACUAAUGAUAAUAAUAUAGAUGAUAAAAUAGAUUUCCCAGACAUUAUUUAUGAAAAAAAGAGCUAAGAAAUAAAUUACAAUUAAUAUAUUAAUUAAUCAACAUUCAAUUAGUAAGUAGCUAAUCCCAGAUAAAGUAUUAUUAACUUACAAUAGGUAAGCAAUAAUCCAAAUUUAUCAUUUACAACAUAACCUGAUAGCCAAGCUUCAUCAAGAAGGCUUAAUGAUUCAUCGAGAUCUGAUGUUAAUAAUACUUCAUUUCUCUCAAGGUCUAGAAAUAAUUAAGAUUAAAGGCAAAUAGAAAUGUAGAACUAGAUGAUUUCUUCAAAAUCUCCUCAAAUAGACCCAAAUUAAAUCCAUAUAAAUACUAAUCCACAAAAUAAUAAUGGUUAAAAUAAAAUUUAAAGUAGAAACAUAUUCCAAGCAAAUCUAAGUAGCAUUGCAGAUAAAAAUUAAUAUUUUAAUUAGUGA